AUGUUUUGGAGAUUUGGCGGCUACGCCAACAUCUCCACCAUCGAUACCAUCCUCGACAAGCCCGAGUUCACCCUCGAAGAGCUGCUCGAUGAGAGCGACCUGAUCCAGGAGCUUAAGCAGCACAACUCCAAGCUCAUCGAGUACCUCCGCGAGGAUAAGAUCCUCGAGAAGCUCCUCGAGUAUGUCGUCGCCCCCAAGCUCGAGAUUGUCGAGAGCCCCGGCGAGCUUCCCGAGGAAGACACAAAGGGCAAGCCUCGCCUCCUGCCCUUUGCUCGCCCGCGCGCCUCUUCUCGCGCUACCGAUGUCACCGAGACCGACGAGGAGGAGCAGGAGAGGCGGCGCAACAGGUAUGCCCUCGUCGCGUGUGAGGUCCUGAGCUCCGACACGUGGUCCAUCUACGAGUCGCUCAUGGAGAACCGCGACCUGAUUCGCAAUUUUUGGACGUUCCUCUCCCGCGAUGCCCCCCUCGAUCCGCUCCAAGCGAGCUACUUUACCAAGGUCAACGAGUCGCUGUUUGAGAAGAAGACGGAGGAGAUGAUGGACUUGUUUCGCGGCCUGCCCAACGUCGUCUCGGACCUGCUCCGUCACGUGGAAUGCCCCAUGAUCAUGGACUUGCUUCUCAAGAUUAUCGCUCUCGAUCGCAGCGAGGGCGGCCAAGGCAUUGUCGAGUGGCUUUAUGCCAGAGACAUCAUCCCGACCCUGCUUUCCUGUCUCGACCCCAAGCACAGCUGGCUCGUCCAGACGGCUGCCGGUGACUUCAUCAAAGCCAUCAUAACCAUCUCCGCCAACGCCUCCCAGAACGAGCAGCAGUGCAUCGGCCCCAACGAACUGACGCGUCAGCUCGUGUCGAAGCCCUGCGUCGAGCAGCUCGUCGGCUACAUGCUCGGCGGAGGCAACCCGCUGACGGUCGGCGUUGGCAUCGUCAUCGAGGUGAUUCGCAAGAACAACUCUGACUACGAUCCCGACGUGGGCGCCGAGUCCAACGCCGUCCCUUCCAGCCGCGAUCCAAUCUACCUCGGCACGCUCUUGCGACACUUCGCCGACAACGUGCCCAACUUCAUGAGCCUCAUCAUGGACGGCCCCUCGCGGAAGCAGGGCCUAGCCUCCACCUUUGGCGAAAAGCUCGAGCCGCUCGGCUUUGAUCGGUUCAAGACGUGCGAACUCAUGGCGGAGCUCCUGCACUGCAGCAACAUGGGCCUGCUCAACGAAGUCGGCUCGGAGCAGCUCAUCGAGGCGCGAGAUGCCGAGCGUCAACGCCUGAGAAUCGAAGGCAAGCUCGGCCCUCAGCGAGAAGAGGAGCAUUCAACCGACGACCUCACCAUGCGCAUGCCCCAUACCUCCACGGAUGAGGGACGACGCCUCGAGGUCACCAACGCCGACGAGGAUGGCUUCGAGGAGGUGGAGCCCAGCAAGGAGAUGAGCGAGGACACUUCGCACGAGUUUGUCAAGGCCGAAGUCGACAUGGCCGCACCGCCGGCCGUUUCUUUCCUGGAAAAGGACGAGGACGAUUUUGUGGAUGAACCAUUGAGCUCACCGCGCCUCACCGUGGCCGCGGACAAGAUGACUGAGCAGCAGUUUGAAGACCCCGAUCUCGUGGUUGCCCCGCUGUCUCCUGCGAAGAACAAGCCGGCCGAGACGGCUCAGCAGUCUGCGACGGAACCCCCGCCUGAGCAGGCGGACGUUUCCGCCGGCAAAGCUGCAGACGAGGCGACGAAGCCAGAGGUGUCGCUGAACGUCCCUUCGUCUCUCGAGCCGGAGGUCAAGGCCGACUCCAGCGGAGUGGUCCCACAAGGCCCAUUAAGCUCGACAGAUGGCGCGUUGUCGCCUCAUCCGGAAGACCUCCCCGCUCCGCUUUUCUCUGCUUCAUCUUCGGCGUCGGCUCCUGGCAAGGCGACGGCGGAGCAGGCCCCGGCCGCCACAACAGGCGCGUCCUUUGAGUCCAGCAAGGCAGAAGCCAAUGAGGCGAGCGCCGCAAAAGACGACAGCACGGCUGCACCCGAAGCUCAGCAAAACGAAGAAACGGGUCCUGUGGAGCCCGUGGUUGGAGACUACCUCAAGACGCAGUUCGUGGAGCACCGCGUCGUACCGGCGAUUCUGUCCUUUUUCUUCUCCUAUCCCUGGAACAACUUCUUACACAAUGUCGUCUACGAUAUUGUCCAGCAGGUGUUUAACGGACCCAUGGACAGGGGCUACAAUCCGACGCUCGCCGUGUCUCUGUUUGAGGCGGCCGACAUCACUGUUGCCAUUAUCAGCGGCCAACAGGCGAGCGACGAGUCUCAGGCGAAGACCAAGACGCGCAUGGGCUACAUGGGCCACCUCACGCUCAUCGCCGAGGAGGUUGUCAAGUUUACGGAGCGACACCCACCGGAGCUGCUGUCCGAGAUGGUCCUCGACAAGGUCAUGAGCCAGGACUGGAUCAACUACGUCGAGGGCGCGCUCGCCGAGACGCGCGAGCGAGACAACGCCAUCUUGGGUGGCGUGCGGCCUGAAGUCGCGCUCGGACAUCGCGGCAGCCUCGGUAACAACGGCAUGGGCGGCGUCGGCCUUUCGGGUCUCGGAGGGGCGUCCGGCGGCGCGUCCAACGCGCUGGCCGAAGCCGGCCUGAACGGGGGCAUCGAGCUCAACGAGGGCAGCGGCAACGGCAUCGGACCCUUUGCCAUCAGCGCCGGAACCCUGAUGUCGGGCUUCGGCAGCAGCAGCGACGAAGAGGACGAGGAGGGGGAUGGCGACGAAGAGGACGUCAAUUCAGAGGUGAGUGGUGAUUCUUAUGAAGAUCGUGGCGCGGAGUCUCCCGAGCCGAGGGAUGCUGCAGACUCGCCGGAGGACGUCAUCAUGAGGUCCCCAGAGCCGCUCAGGGAGGCGUCGCCGGAUGUCUCGCCCGACCUGCCCGCCACCGCUCUGGGCCAGCCCGUUAAGUUGCGGGACCUGGACGACUCGGACGAGCACAUGGAGGAAGAGCAGCAGGCGCAGAGACCGCUCCCCUAG